UCAGACGACAAACAAAAAUGGCGACUCCCAUAGCAUUCGAAAGUUCUUGGGUGAAGAAGGAAGAAAAAAAGAAAUUAAGAGAAGCAAGACAAGACUAUUUAGACAAGGUCAAAGCGAAGUAUGAAAAAGAUGAAAGACGUAAAGAAUUUGCUAAACAGCGAGGAGAUGACACGUGGAUGCUUGACAGUGUCAAUACUCGUAUUGACCAGGAACAAAGAGAAAUGGAGAAAAUCAAAUCCAAGAAGAAAAAGAAAGAGAAGAAAAGAAAGAAAGUUAAGAAGGAGAAGAAGAAGAAGAAAAAAGAAGACCAUAAGGGAAAAGCAGCAUCGUCAGAUUCAGAAUCAGAUUCAGAAGAAGAGGUUUGGGCAGAGAGUCAGCCAGUGACUAAAAUCAUGGAGAACAGUGGAGAUAACUCUAUUACUCCUAAAGGUCCACAACUACAGAGGGACAGCUGGAUGCAAUCUCCCCUUGACUUGAUUCCAACGGUAACCAGGGAUGAGCUGCGGAAAGCUAAAAUAGCCAAGGACAAGGAAGAAAAAUCAGCAGAAAUCAACUUACUGGAUCAGCCAGGUCAACAUGUACGUGAACUAAACCCAUACUGGAAAGAUGGCGGGACUGGCCUACCUGAGGAAAACCCAGCUAAAGCAGGGGCAAGUAACUCAGGGAGGAAGAUAGGGGACCGUGGGAUUUCCUGGCUGCGGAAAGGAUAUCAGCGGUGUCAGCAGCAAGCUGAAGAUCAGGGGAGACCACUGGAGGAGGUAGCUGCUGAGAGAUAUGGGUCUUUAGCAAAAUUGGAAAGCAUGUUAGCUGAAGCUGAAAGAAAGGAACAAAGUAAACAGCCUGACAGAGGAAGAACAAGGGAUGACAGGAGUCGGAGGUUUAUGAGGCCGAGGUCAAGGUCAAGAGAAAGGUCAAAGUCAAAGGACAGGAAGCGGUCAAGGUCAGGAGACAGGAAAAGAUCAAGGUCAAGAGACAGGAAAAGAUCAAGGUCAAACGACAGAAGAAGAUCUAGGUCAAGAGACAUUUAUAAGUCUAGACGGUCCAGAUCAAGGUCACGGGACAGCAGAAGGUCAAGAUCUAGGGAAAGAAAGCGAUCCAGGUCACCUGACCGAUCUCACAAUAGAUCUCUGAAAUCUGCUCGGUUCCUUAAGCCAGAAGAUUCUGAUUUGGUGCCCAGACAGAGAGAGUACAGGCAGGACAGAGACCGGAGUAGCAGCUCUGUGCCGGCUUGGAAGAAGAAAAGUUUCCUCAAACCAUCAGAAACAGAAGCAAGUGGUGAUAAGGAAACCAAGCCUGCCAAAUGCUCUUCAGAAUUGAUUGGUUUUAUUGAUCUAUACAUUCCAGACACAGAGAGCAGUGACAGUAGCUCUGACUCAUCAGAAGAUGAUGCUACCCCAACUCCCACCCCAAGGGAGGUCCCAGCACCCAUCCUAUCAGAGCAGCAGAUGAACGAGCUGGGGGCCAAAAUCUUACGAGCAGAGAUAAUGGGUGAUGAGGAGCUGGCGAGUAGCCUGAAAGACAAGUUGUCAGCGGCACAGAAAGCCAAAGAGGAGAGGAACUCUAACCCUCAGCCAGGCCCUGGCCCUGAGCAGGAAGAUGUGGUCGUGUUGACAAGGGCAGAUAAGCGGGGGAUGGUCCGUCCUCUUCCUGAAAGACAACACCCAGUGGAGCCCAAGGGUGGGAGGCGCAAGGCAGGCAAGAUACAGACACACUCCGAGGCUGGUCAGAGACAGAAGUACUUUGACGAUGAUGAUAAAUUUGAUCUCAAAACCCUGGUUGAGAGAGAGAAGACAAGCACAGCUGAAGAUCAGAAUGCCAUGUUUGCACGACUGGCUGGAAGGUCUGCAGAGAAAACAGAUGAUGACUUCCAAGUUGAUGAUGUCUUCCUUAAAAAUGCUACCAGAAAGCGGAAUGAUUCACGGCUGGAAGAAAGGGACAGAACUCUUGCCAUAACAGAACACAAAAAGAUGACGGCUGCCUUGGAUAAAUGUCAGUUCUGUUUUGAUAAUGUUGCUAAACAUCUGAUUGUGGCCAUUGGGAAUAAGGUCUACUUGAGUUUGCCCAAUCACCGCUCUCUGACAGAGGGUCACUGUCUGAUUGUACCAAUGCAGCACGUCUCAGCGGGUACAGCAUUAGAUGAAGAUGUCUGGAAUGAGAUUCAGACAUUCCGAAAGGCUUUAACACAAAUGUUCCAGUCUCAGGAGCUAGACUGUGUCUUCAUGGAGUCAGCCAUGUACCUGAAAAAAUUCCCGCACAUGUGCUUAGAGUGUGUACCCUUACCCCAGGAGCUGGGUGACAUGGCACCCAUAUAUUUUAAGAAAGCUAUUUUGGACUCAGAGACUGAAUGGGCCCAGAACAAAAAAGUGGUCGAUCUGAGUCAGAAGGAUGUGCGCAGAGCUGUUCCCAAAGGCUUCCCAUACUUCAGCGUUGACUUUGGCCUUCAGGGAGGAUAUGCCCAUGUCAUUGAGGAUGAGCAGAAAUUUACCACAUACUUUGGAAAGGAGGUGAUAGGAGGAAUGCUCGAUGCUGAACCACGACUCUGGAGGAAGCCAUGGCGGGAAAACUUUGACGAUCAGAGGAAGAAAGUCCUGCAGUUUGCCGAGUGGUGGAGACCUUAUGAUUGGACGCAGAAACUAGACAUGUAGCAGCAGUGAAUUUGACAUUUAUUGCAUGUACAUAAGCUGAACUGUAUUCUAUAUUGCUCA